CCCUAAAUCAGGAUUAAUCAGGAUUAAUAAAUGUAGUUUCCAGGCUAGGACUAGUGUAACUCGGCCAGUAUGGACGACGACAGUGAACUCAGUGAAGAAGAAAAUACGGAUCUUUUAGGCAAAAAAGAUAGAGGAAAUAAAGCAAAAAUAACCAACUAUCGUCGCUUAAUAAUUGGGGGAGUUGUUCUUGUCUUUGUUGAUCUUCUUUGGGUCGGCUCUGCUGAACUGUCUGAUUUUAUAUUUCACAAUGAAGGCUUUGACAAGCCGUUUUUUACUACAUAUUUCAAGACUACAGCGUUUGUUUUGUAUCUUCCUUUGGUGUGGAUAAAGUCUUUCUGUCAAAAACAUCGUGCAAAUGCUGGUAAAACGACUCUCAAUAGUUCAGAAACAUUAUUCCAAGUAAAUUCAGAAACUAUCGAUAAUAAAAAUGAUGACAUUUAUUGCGAGCGAUCUCAAUAUUUACGCACUGAAAAUCAUACAGAUUUUGUCCCUGUUCAGAAGUUGGCAAUUGUAAAAGUGAUGAAAAUUGCGUUGAUAUUUUGCAUUUUGUGGUUCUUAGCGACUCUUUCCUACCAAGAAGCCUUGGCUCUAACGUCACCUGCUGCUGUGAAUAUUUUGUCCUCCUCAUCUGGUUUAUUUACAUUGAUCCUAGCUGCAAUUUUCCAAAGUUCUCAAAACGAUAGAUUCUCGUAUUCCAAGUUGAUAGCUGUCUUUAUGAGUAUUACCGGUAUAGUACUUGUUACAUUUUCUGAUUCCACGCAAACCAAAGGUGGUGUCAAUUAUGGUGCCUUUUUCUCAUUGGGUGGUGCUAUAUUGUAUUCAUGUUAUCUUGUGCUAUUGAAAGUCAAAGUACCAAAUGAAAGUCAAAUAGAUAUUGCUACAUUCUUUGGUUUUGUUGGGCUAUUCAAUAUUCUGUUUUUAUGGCCAGGAUUUUGGAUUCUGCACGUAACAAAUAUUGAGAAAUUUGAGUUACCACAAGAUUGGCAAGUGUGGUGUUCUCUCGCUGUAAAUGCAAUCUUUGGAACUGUGCUGUCAGAGUAUUUAUGGCUGUGGGGAUGUUAUUUGACUUCGUCUCUCUCCGCUACCUUGGCACUUGGGAUGGUUAUGCCUUUGACAAUGUUGACUGAUAUCCUACGAGGAAGGAUACAGCUUUCAUUCAUGUUUGUUGCUGGCUCAAUUCCUGUGUUUCUUGCAUUCUUUAUGAUCACAUAUUUAUGUCACUAUGAAGGCUGGGAUCCUGUUAGAACCGCAUUUUUCUCAAUCUACCAUUGCUGCAAGCAACAGGCUAUACAACCAUCAUAAUGGUUUGAACAUGAUGCAUAUAUGGAAUUUGUAAAUAGAGUUGACAAUAUUUUUGAUAUCAUUUUUUUCAACAUAAAUGGACAUUGCACUAGGGGAAAUAAUUAGCAAUUUAGUGAAUAUAAAUUUAUUUAUUAACA